AUUUACUGUCAUCAACUGACAAUCUAACCAACCAAAAAGUUAGGUUAGGAGGUCUUUGUUUUUGUUUAGAGUUUGAUCAAAAAGAUAGUUUGAUUUAAUUCCUAAGUGAAAAAUGGUCCCAGAUGGCAUAGAAAACGACCAAGUACUAUUAGCGACAGGCGGCUACGAUCACCUAAUCAAGUUAUGGCAAACCUCCACUGGAAUUUGUCACAGGACCUUGCAACAUGCAGAAUCCCAAGUGAACGCCUUGGAAAUUACUCCUGAUAAGAAAUACUUGGUCACUGGUAGCUAUCAGCACAUUUACUUGUACGAAUUAAUGUCCAACAAUCCUGGUGCAACUGUAAACUAUGAGGGUACUUCGAAGAAUGUUACUUGCCUUGGGUUCCAAGAGGAUGGACGAUGGAUGUUUUCUGGUGGUGAAGAUGGUAAAGCCAGAAUCUGGGACCUAAGAUCCAAAGGAAAUAACUGCCCGAAAAGUUUCGACACUCGCCAAGGUUCUGGUACCACCCUAUCCCCAAUAAAUUGCGCCGUUUUGCACCCGAACCAAAUCGAACUGUUCAUCGGCGACCAAAACGGUAUAAUAUACCGCUGGGACCUCAGAACAGACAACAACGAACAAUUUAUACCGGAAAACGACGUAAUGAUUCUCAGCAUAGACAUCGCACCCGACAAAACUCAAAUGGCUUCAGUUAAUAACAAAGGCAGAGCUUAUAUUUGGAGUUUGACAUCGGGAGCUGACUCGAGCACAAGCCUUAAACCAAAACACAAGUUUGAAGCGCACAAAAGGGCCGUGCUUAAGUGUAAAUAUUCUCCUGAUUCUAAAUUGUUAGUCACCACAUCAGCUGAUCAAACUGCAAAAAUUUGGGAUUCACAGGACUAUAAUUUGCAGCAGGAAUUGACUCAAGAUAAUCAAAGAUGGGUGUGGGAUGCUGAUUGGAGUGCUGAUAGCCAAUUCGUUUUUACAUGUUCCUCAGACAAUUAUGCUAAAUUGUGGAAUGUCAACACUGGGGCUUUGGAGAGAAAAUUUUCUGGACAUCAAAAAGCUGUUACGGGUCUAGCUUUUAAAGAUACUCUCUUGUAGAUUAAGGUACCUAUAUUUUUAUUAUGUAUAUAUUAGUUAAUAAUUUCUAUUUUAAAACUACCCUACCCUGUUUGAAUUUGAUUUUCAUUUUACAUUAUUCAAAUAUAUUGCAGAAAAAC